AAACAGCAGCUUCUUGGUUUAAAACACAGUCAGCAAUCGGCGAUUCCCGAUGGAAACGAUAUGCCACUCUGCUUCCACCUCACUCCCCCGCAAGUCAUCCCGAGGAAACUUCCGAUCACCGUCGACGUGCCUUCCCGAUCGUUGACCGUUAACUUACGUGCUUUCCCCCUCUCCGGCGAGCAAGCAGCAGCAGCCAUGGCGUCGAACUCAGUCCGAGUCGCCGCCGCUCAAAUGACUUCCGUCAACGACCUCGCUGCCAACUUCGCCACCUGUUCUCGCCUCGUCAAAGAAGCAGCGUCUGCUGGGGCAAAAUUGCUGUGCUUACCUGAAAGUUUCUCAUAUAUUGGGGCUAGGGAUGGGGACAGUGUGAAGGUUGCAGAGCCUCUUGAUGGACCCAUUAUGAAACAGUAUUGCUCUUUGGCGAGGGAGUCAGGAAUCUGGCUAUCGCUGGGAGGUUUCCAAGAAAGGGGAUGUGAUGAUGCACACUUGUGCAAUACCCAUGUAAUUGUCGAUGAUGGUGGGAAUAUCAGAAGCACGUACCGGAAGAUACACCUGUUUGAUGUGGCUGUUCCUGGUGGAAGGGUGUACAAGGAAAGCAGCUUCACAGAAGCUGGAAAGGAUGUAGUUGCAGUUGACAGCCCUGUUGGGCGAUUGGGUUUGACGGUGUGCUAUGAUUUGAGAUUCCCUGAACUUUAUCAGCAGCUCCGGUUCCAGCAUGGAGCUCAGAUUCUGUUGGUGCCUUCGGCUUUUACCAAAAUUACCGGUGAGGCGCACUGGGAGAUUCUGCUUCGUGCUCGUGCAAUUGAGACGCAAUGCUAUGUAAUAGCUUCAGCACAGGCUGGGCAGCACAAUGAGAAAAGAGAGAGCCACGGCGAGACAUUGAUAAUUGAUCCUUGGGGCACGGUAGUUGGUCGCUUGCCAGGUGAAUACUCUAAUCGAACAUCGACAGGCAUUACUGUGGCUGAUAUUGAUUUCUCAUUUAUCGAUUCAGUGAGAACAAAGUUACCAAUUGCCAAGCAACGCCAGCCCAUUGAAUUCUGGAAGUCUUCAUCUCUAUGAUUCAUUUACAAACACUUGUGUAAUUCUCGGGCCUUGACCCGGAAAAGACUAUGAAGGGAUCUGCUUGCUCGGUUGUCGUGGAAAAAUAAGAUCAUCGCUAUCGUUUGGGAUGUUUUCUCCUGUACUCUUUACAAUUUGGAUGCGAUCUUGCACUUGAAUGGUUUAUUCGGAUGUGUAAUGUAACGCUUUCUUAAUGAAGUCAUGAACAAGCAUAGCAGUAAAAAUGUCAAUAUAUGGACAUGGGCAGUUAGAUUUUAUCUGUUGAAAUCACAAGAACAAAAUUUACUGAACCACGAUGUAAUUUUCCAGUGACCUGAGAAAUCCUGUAUAAGACUAUGUAACAGAGAAGAGAAAACCAAACCACUACAUACAAUUAUUGGUGAAAAAGAUAACAGCAAAGAGACCAUGCAUCGACGAAAAAGAAGCAGACUAAACCAAGGAACCAACUAACUUCACACUCAAGUAUACUGUAAGUAUACAGUCUCCCCUAUACACUACUCCUAACAACGAAAGCCCAAUUCGACUACUCCAACAAGAACUCUGCUGCGGAAUCAGGAUCCGCGAGAAGGUCGAAGGAUCUCUUCUUCCUCAAGCUGUCUUUCAGUAUCGUGAUCUGACCUUCCUUCACCAGCACGUCUUCGUCGAGAGCCUCAAGCUUCUUCUUCAGCAAACCUACCUCCGAGUUCAACAGCAUGUUCUUCUCGUUGUACUGCUUUACUUCCUCCCACAUUAUAUCUCUCUCCUGUGUCACUUUAGGCAGUAUCCCCUUCGCCAACGACAGCUCCUUCAUGGAUUCUUGGAGAUCGUGCUGAAGCUGACUCAUGUUUUCGUCCUUCUUUGACAUCUGAAGCUCAAAAUCUUUCAACUGGUGGGUGACACAUGAUAGGUUAUCCAUGGCAUUCUGGACUUCAUAUCGGAGGAUGUCAUUGCCUCUCACAGCUGCUGCUAUCUCAGCUUGCAAUUGCUCAACUUCCAUCUCUUUAGCAUAAAGCUUCUCCCUUAGCAGACUCGUAAGCAAAGCCUCAGCUUUUAGUUCAAACUUCAAUCUUACCUCUGAUGUUGGAUGAUUUGGCUGCUGAUACGAUGGAGCAACAGGAUUCGACUUUUCCUGCAGUAUAGAUGAAACAGACUGCAAACCUCUUGUUAGGCUCUCUAUUCCACGCUUAAAGCCCUGAACUUUGACAUCGGAUUCAACAAGGAAAUGCCCGUCUAAACCGUUUCUGAUAAACUCCAUCCGAUGUGCUGUUUCUAGACAUUCCCCUGCAUUCCCUUUGAUUUGCUCCAACAACUUGGAACACAAUUGGGUGCUCUCCUUCAGCAGAGAUAAUCCCUGGUUUUGCAGACAACAUACACGGGUCCGCAUCUCUUGAUCUAGUUUGAGAGUCGCUGCAUAAAUCUCAUUCCCACUGCCCUUCAAUCGAUUCAGUAGAUUCAUAUUCUCAUGUCGAAGAGAGUCGACUUCAUUUCUGUGAGAUUCCACUUCCCUUCUAAGUGACAGCUCUACUCCAGUCAACCUCACUUGUUCCAUUCGCAUCUUUGUCACGUGCUUAUCAAAUUUGUCCACUGACUGCUGAUUCUCUAUUUCAGCACCUAACUCAUCCCUCAAUCCAACGAUUGUCUUCUCCUGUUCACUGCAAGUCCUCAACAAUCUUGUAGUUGACUUUUGUAGCUCCUUGCACUCCUUAUCCCUUGCUUCAAAAUUUCUCCUGAUACAAUUUAAAUCCUGUCUAGCCGCUGUGUACUUCUCCUGCAACUCGGAUAAGGUUUGCUGCAAGUGCUCAUUUUCCUGGGUCAACUCCUGCACACUUGAAGUCAGCUGCCUAACUUGUUGCUCCGAAUAAGUCAUCACAUUUUUGCUUUCAGUCUCCCUUUGACUAAAAGCAGAGACUUCCCUCUGGAGAGACACAUUUUGCUCUGCAAGCUCUCUGACCCUCUCACGCAGUCUGUGCUCCUCUAACUGGCAUUUCUCAAGUUUUGAUGACCAGUCAUUUGACCUCCUGUCUAACUCUUUCUCCAAUGCUGACUGCAGCUCAUUCUUUUCCUUCUCCAGUCUUAGACUGCGUGACUCCAGAUCUGCCUUGGCCAGCCUAAGUGCUUCCUUUCCAGAAUCCCUCUCCACAAUCUGAGACUUGAGAAGCCCUGAGAUCUCGAUUGCCAUGCUUACCCUGUCCUCCAUUAGGUUUCUAACAAAAUGGACGAAUGAUGAACUAUCAAAACCCCGAUCCUGGAGAAAGCCUUCCUGCUCAAGUUCUUCGGAUAGAACAACAACCCUCUCCUCAGCUUCUUUUGACCUUCUUUCCAGCUCCAUAUCAACAGGAUCCGGAUCACCUUUGACAGACUUUAUAUCCAUAAAAUCAUCUCCUUGAUGGACAUCUUGCCGGUAGCCCAAGUAAUCAUCAUCUCCGUGAUACAUGUCAACAGUACCAUCACAUGACCCCUCGAAAAAGGAGCUUUUCCCAGCCUGAGCAUCUGGGUUCGAGUCGAACCGACUACUUAGUGAUCCACCAUAAACAUCCUCUAUUGUGAUCGGAACACCACAAUCAACCUCCUUGGCAUUUGAUUUAGGGAAACCGUGAGCUUGAGCGAGUCUCUCAAUAACAUUCUUUGCAAGUCUCCUAGGUGAUCCAUGCCCAAGAUCAUUCUCCAUCCAGUCAUCAUUGCAAGAAAACCGAGAAUGGGUUCGUUUAGACUCCCUAAAAGAGUGAGACUUCGGUUUAUCUCUGACAGGAUGUGUUGGUGAAGUAGGGGCAGUAUAUUGGACUCGAGGUGGAAGCUUCCCACCUGGAUUCCCACUCCCAGACGUAACGUAUCUCUGAGAAGAAACCUUUUUCGGCUUGCUUCUGUCUAGUUGUUGCUCUCCAUCAAUAUAGCGGUCCAAGACCUUUGUUGAAGCAUUACUGCUGCUGGUAGAACCAGAAGUAGGCCUCUCCAGUCUAUGAACUUCAUGUUGCUCUUGUCUAACUUGUCUCACAGGCGUAAGUGCACGCCUACUGCUACUGACAAGAAGAAUAACUGCUAGGAGAUUUACUUCGAUUGACUGGAACUGAGAAGUGUGACUGCCCAUCAUCAUCAAGUAGAAAUGCUCCAGAUGAAUAAGAGCGACUCUUUCUAAGACCGGGAUUGGAACUGGGACUUUGGCUAUCAUGAACUUGCUUCUUUGAGUUAGAAAACAAGCUCUUGGGGCUCCUGAAAUUACUGCCAGGCUUGUCACCAACGUGAUCUAUUAUGAGCCCACUUUCAGGUCGAUUCUCCUUCCUUGAUGAUGGAGACCCAGCAUUGCUGCUUCCGUCAUUAGGGGAAGACCGGAAAAAGAAUAGCUUCUUCAUCUAAAUAUACUCAAGAAUGAGAACAAUGCAGCUUCCACUCUGGCCUUUGCAACAGUUUCUGAAAAUAGC